UCACAGCCAAAAGACCCGCGUAAGCCCUGUUUGCCUAGUUUGCCUUGGAUUUCCGGUAUGCCUCAACGCGAACAGCCACCUCGAGGCUCAACGCAUGCAAGCCGGCUGCAGAGGUCCUUCAAAAAGGAAAGUAGAGGGCGCUCGCCCUAGUCGCUUCACUAAACGCUAUAUUGUGGCAUGCUGCCGCCAAAACUUUGGCUCCUGUACUUACUAUCACUCCAUCCGAGCCCAGUACUUUACCUCAUAUUCACACAAUUGCCUGGCACUAGUUCCUAGCGCCGACCUCUCAACUUAUCACUACUGCAGUCCAACUCCACAUGGACAACAACACAUACUUUGGUGGGGGCGGCAAUAUUCGUGACCUGUUCAACGGUCAAGAGAUUGGCGUCGACAUCAAAGGUCAGAACGCUAUCGAACCAGCUUCACAAUAUCAAAACAACCAGCAGCUACUUUCGCCGACAAAGACACAGCGGCAUGAUUCGAUGAUCUCUUGUUCGUCAAUAGGCGGCACACCACGGCACUCGAUCUCUCACCAGGCUGAGGCUCAGCCUUAUGCCAACUUACACCAAGCAGCACACAGCCCCAACGGCUACACACAAGUUCCGGUGAACGGUGACAUGUCGCGAUCGGCUUCGCAAUACUCAUCAGCAUCUUCCGGUCAGCGUUCAUUCUCUCACUCCCUGCAGCGAGCGCCCCGCGGUUCAUCUGGAAGUAUCUUGGUUCCGACUGGGUCAGCAAUGUCCCGCUCCAUCUCGAGCGCGUCAGCAAGCCAACGCACGGCGCCUCAGCCUUAUCUGUUUCGAUCAAACUCCCAUUCCGUGCACUUUCGACCCCGACGGUCAUCUGACAUUUCGCCGAACAUGGAAUACGAGAAUUUUGCAGCGGCAGCGAUGAACCCAUUCGGAUAUGCGAUCAAUGACACCAUCGACGAAGGUAUGACAGAACAUGAGAAUGAGAGCAAGGCUUUUGGUCACUUUGGAUACGAUAAUGAGUAAGUUCCCUUCAAAAUAUUCAGUUUGCGAUCAACAAGCCAC